AUGGCAUCUAUACUUGCAACUUUUCUCUCAAUUGCGAAAAUUGCGCUAGCUUCUGCUACUAUUUUCAGCCCAUUCCAGCUGUCAAAUCCCACCAUCUCCUUCGUCUCGAACGACGCCUCUCAUGGCUGGGCUACGGGCAUCAACUUGUUCAAUAUUACCGUCGGUAUUGGACAAGAUGAUCCGCAGCUGAGUUUCAUUUUAGAAAAGAAUCAUGACCUUAUCUCUCCGGAUGCCCAUAUUCAGUAUAUAGGGUCUUCAAAAAAUGCGCAGAAUAUACAUUUUCCUGAUUAUAUUCUUACGAAGGGAGCAGUGUGGAUACAAGAGAGAAAGGGCAAACCUUGGAAAGAGGCUGGCUGGGCAAGGCUUGCAGUGAUUCAGACGGCAGAGAAUCUGCUCUUCGAUGGGACUUUCACACUUAAGUCCGGUCAAUACGAGAUUCAGAUCCAGUCUAACGGCAACGGUCGUACAGGUAUGGUAGCUCACCAAGUUGAGCAGGCCUUCUCUAUGAAUGAUCAAAUAUUAGAUCGCACUAUCUGCGCCACACGGCCGGCGUUCUCCUUCGAGAACCGACAGGAGCAAGCUUAUAAUCCGACAAACCUUAUUGGAAACACAUCUGGCUGUCCAAAAAUAAGAAUGACAGCGUACAUUGGCCUAGUGACGGACUGUUCGUACACAUCAAGUUUCAAUUCCACAGACGCCGUCCACCGAUAUCUUCUGAACGUGGUCAAUACUGCCUCGAUUGUCUUUGAGAACAGUUUCAAUAUUUCUCUCACAGUUCAGAAUCUUACUAUCAGUGAUACUGAAUGUCCAAGCGAUGGCCCGGGCUCAUCAGCAUGGAACGCCCCUUGCUCCACUGGAGACUUGAAUUCCCGGCUUGAAGACUUCUCACAAUGGAGGAGUACACUCUAUGACAACAAUGCGUACUGGACGCUAUUUUCCGGAUGUGCCGCACCGUCAGGUGAAGUGGGUGUGUCCUGGGUUGGUGCUUUAUGUACCGAGGGCUCUGGUUCCGGAUCAGGAGCUAACGUUGUUGGCCGGGCACAAACUGAGUGGCAGGUGUUUGCGUAA